AUGGUUGUUGCGGCGGAGCGCGGCGGUGGAGGCCAGCGUGCGGAUGCAGGCGGCGAUCGUGGUGGCGCAGGCCCGCCGCCGUGUCAGGAGAGCAGGUGGGAUGUUCUGCAGGAUCUGCGCCAGGAUGCCCAGGAUCUGCCGCUGCCCCUCGUAGGGGCGGCGGCCGCAGCGCAGCCGCGGCAGCCCCGUGCCCCGUUCCUGGCGGCCGCUGGCGCCUCCUCGGAGGGCGGGCCCUCGCGGCGGGCGGGGCACCGAGCCAAGGGCUUCGCCUGCUGCGCGCUCCAGCGGGGCGGAAGCUCACAGAGGACAGCGCGCGCUUUCCGCGGCUGCGCGCUAAUGGAUCGCGUCCAGGUCGAAGGAGGAGUGAGGGGAUGGUGGUUUUGA